AUGGAGAGCCACAGCCUCAUUUCCACCGAAAGAGAAGCACUUCGAAAACAUGCCGACAUUGCGAUGGCCAAAUGGAUCACGCUCAGAAAUAAUUCGAAGAUCCUUACUCUAAGUCUGCUCUCUGAUUACAAUUGUCGAGAUACUAGAACUCUCUUGGCACGCGAUGAAGUAUCUAUCCUAAGAAUAUUCUUCGAGAACAAUGAUGAGUUAGAUCCCGAAUCUGUCGACCUCGCCCAGGCUGAUCAUGUGACAUCACUGGCUCAUGGCCUAAUAACCGCUUAUGGACCCCCCAGGAUCAUCCUUCUUGCGGCAACAGUUUUCUACUCGACCUUCUAUUACGAAACUGGCACCGAGGUGACUUGGGCAAGUGCGCACAGGUAUGCUAACGACAAGGAUGGUAUCAAGAUCUUGUUAAGCGGCUCUCAAUCUGGCUUUGUACUUCUAGUCUUGAUUUUGAACAUCUCCUGGUUUGCUCGAAAGUUCCUGUAUCAUGAGACUGGUAGGAUUCUGGAUAUGUUUAGGACAUCUCUAUGGCAAGUACUGGACACCUUGAAUCCGCGCCAACCCUGCCGUGAUCUUUGCAGCAUUGAGGACGGCUAUGAUUAUCGCAACUCGGUAAAUUAUCCAAGCGCAUACGAGCGGUCAAGAGUGAGACGCCAGACCAGGAUAUUGAGUAUGUACAAACGCAUCGGUGUCAAACUUUUGUUGCCUCUACUCUUCUUGGUCUUGUCAACGUACCUCCGCCCCUCAGCGCCAUAUGUUGAUAUGUCUAAGAGCUUGCCCAUCGAAUUACUGCAAGUCAUGAGCUACAGCGUAGACAGACGAGAUAGGGUUAACCCUCGUAUCAGCAAUCCUUGGCCCCUUCCAGAACUUAUCCAAAGUAGAUAUUGGGAGGGUCCUAAAGGUCACUUCAAAGGUUGGGCACCAGACGCCCCCGAUGGCUUUCACAAAUGGCUGUCGCGCAGUGGUUCCCAUCAAGACGAUGGACAGACAGAUAAUGGUGGUGAUCUGGAACACAUCUACAACAAAACCAAGACCAAUGGCGUAUUUUACAAUCCGGUGGACGAUCCGCUUAAGAUUACCAAUCAGGACGAAGAGGUCUUGGACAUCCUCCGCCAUACCUUUGAAACUGGGACGGUCAAGAUCAAACACGUUGCGCUCAUCAUGAUGGAAAGCAUCAGAGAGGAGCUAUUCCCCCUCCAGCAGGGAUCUGAUAUGCACAAGAUCAUCCUUCGGUCCCACGAGGGACAAAGAGAUGUAGACGAUGUCGAUGGCAUACUGUCACGCCUAACUCCGGUGGCGGAAAAGGUCACUGGCAAGCAUGUCUGCUGGAAGAGAUCAGAUGGAUCGGAGCUACCCCAGAUGCGGAUACCAGAGUGGAAUGAUACGACGCAGGAUGGUUUCGGUGGCAUCAAUGUCGCAGGUGCUUUCACCGCUGCAUCACUAUCCUUAAAAAGCUUGGCAGCAACUUACUGUGGAGUGUGGCCUAUUCCUGUUGACAACUUUAAAGAGUCCGAAGCGCAAAGUUACCAACCUUGCAUCUCGCAAAUCUUGCAUCUCUUCAACCAGAUGAAGGAAGCCAAGGCAGCUUCAAACGACUUCCUUGAACAAGACUGGCUUACCGCUUCUUUCCAAUCGAUAACGGAUAAGUACGAUCGCCAGGAUGUGUUCACCAAAAGUAUGGGCGUCGAAACGGUUGUUAACAAGGACUUUUUGAAACGAAACACUGAAAGGCAGUCGGAACUAGAAGAAAUUAACUAUUUUGGAUUCCCUGAAACCGUUUUGAAGACGCACUUGCGAGACCUCGUGAAGAAAGUCCAGCAGGAGAACAAGAGGAUGUUCCUUUUCCAUUUUACUAGCACGACACAUCAUCCUUGGGGACUGCCAGGCAAUUUCGAAAGGAGAGAGUAUAUGAACACGAAGGGGAAGAUGGCAUGGCACAAAGACUUCAACAACUACUUGAACACUAUCCGGUUCACGGAUGCAUGGCUCGGCGAGCUUCUGCAACUGUUCGAUCAUCAAGGUAUCGCUAAUGAGACACUUGUGGUUCUUGUCGGCGACCACGGGCAAGCAUUCAGAGAGGAUGUCUCCACUAGGACCGGCACGUACAAGAAUGGUCACAUCAGCAAUUUUCGCGUGCCUAUCACUUUCAGGCACCCUAGUAUUCCUCGUGUACAGUAUGAAGCGAGCGCAACUUCCAUCUCCAUUCUUCCGACGAUAUUGGACUUGCUCAUCAACACGGGAUCACUCAACCGCAGGGAUACAGCUAUCGCAUCUGAUCUCAUUCAAGAUUACGAAGGGCAGUCGCUCAUCCGGCCCUACAAGCCCAUGAAAAAUGGCCGCCGGGCGUGGAACUUUGGCAUCGUCAACAGCGGUUCAAGCAUGCUGACAGUGACGUCUGCAGAUGCGCCCUGGAGACUUGUCAUGCCCCUUGACCGUACAUCCCGAUGGAGAUUUACUGACUUGAAGAACGACCGACUUGAACUUGAGCCUCUAGAGAAUUGGUCAGUGGAACAACUGAUAAGUGAUAUAAGACAUAUCCAUGGCGAGGAAGCGUCACGUUGGACUAGGGAGGCUAAUGCGGUGGCCAACUGGUGGGCGGUGGAGAACAAAAGACUUUGGGGGUUAUAA